AUGCCAACGAUAGCUAACGCUCACAAUAAUUUGAUUCAUGACGCGAUUUUAGAUUAUUACGGCAAGCGUUUGGCCACUUGUUCUUCGGACAAAACAAUCAAGAUAUUCGAAGUUGAAGGUGAAAAUCACAAGUUGGUAGAGACUUUGACUGGUCAUGAAGGUCCAGUUUGGAGAGUAGAUUGGGCGCAUCCAAAAUUUGGUACAAUUUUGGCUUCUUGUUCGUACGACGGAAAAGUGUUGAUCUGGAAAGAGGAAAAUGGCAGAUGGGCACAAAUUGCAGUUCACGCUGUGCAUUCAGCUUCUGUGAACUCAGUACAAUGGGCCCCUCAUGAGUAUGGUGCGUUACUCUUGGCUGCUUCGUCUGAUGGGAAAGUUUCCGUCGUGGAAUUCAAGGAAAAUGGUACUAUUGCUCCUUUAGUGAUCGAUGCGCAUGCAAUUGGUGUCAAUGCAGCAAGUUGGGCACCUUCUACUAUCCAAGAGGGUCCUGGUGCUCAACAGCUACGCCGGUUUGUCACUGGUGGUGCCGAUAACUUGGUAAAGAUCUGGAAAUACAAUCACGACGCUCAAAGCUACGUCCUAGAAGAUACAUUAGAAGGUCAUUCCGACUGGGUAAGAGAUGUUGCAUGGUCCCCUUCUGUUUUACUGCGCUCUUAUAUAGCCUCUGUCUCUCAGGACCGUACUUGUAUCAUCUGGUCACAGGAGCAUGAUGGUGGUCCAUGGAAGAAGAGCUUGCUUCAACAGGAAAAGUUUCCGGACGUGUUGUGGAGAGCUAGCUGGUCUCUGUCUGGUAACAUCCUGGCUCUCUCUGGAGGUGAUAACAAAAUAACGCUGUGGAAGGAAGAUUUGCAAGGUAAGUGGGAGCCAGCCGGUGAAGUUCAAGAAUAA